UUUACAAGUUGAGUAGUGUAGGAUUUAGACAGGCUUCCGUUUUGUCGCUCUAUCUUGGCUUGAUAUAUUCUUGCGUAUCUCAUCGGCUCUUCGUUGCUUGAGGGGCUUUAUGAUAAGUAUUAGAAAAAAACAGUGAAUGACAAAGGCCAAGUGUUGAACUAAGCUUUCGGUCUCAUCACCACAGUUUCGUUUAGUCGCGUCUUCCUUUCUAUUUCCAUGACUCGAAACAAAUCCGAUAGCGAUAGCCACCAUCUCAAAAGAAUUGGGUUCAGCCCAUUUAAAGCUUCGUGGCCCAAAAGGCCCAAGAUUCUACAACCCUUUUCUCCGUGGUCGGCGGCUCCGCAAUGGCUUUUAUAAGUUGGAAGUUUGAAACCUCCAAAAUUCUAUUUUGUCACUUUCUUGCCUCGCUUCGUCUGCCAUGUCUGCCUCCCUUUCAAGCUCUCAGCUUUAUUUACAGACAAGCCGAGGAUUUCCUUCUAAAAAUGUCCCUUAUAGCCGUAGUUUCCAAAAUGGGAAGGCAAUGUUUAAGUUCAAUAAGUUAGAAUUGCGGGACAAGGGAUUGAAGAAAGUAGGGGAAAGCUCGAGAAGGUUCAAUCUAUUCAACUACGGAAAUGGGGACGUGGAGGAAGAGGAAGAGGAUUACAAUUCUGUGGAGGAUAAGCAGUUUGUGCGUUGGUUUAGGGAGGCUUGGCCUUACUUAUGGGCACAUAGAGGAGGCACUUUCGUUGUGAUGAUUUCUGGGGAAAUUGUUUCUAGCUCUUACUUAGAUCUUAUUCUAAAGGACAUUGCUUUUCUUCAUCAUCUUGGAAUCAGAUUCAUUCUCGUUCCAGGGACCCACGUUUUAAUUGACAAACUUUUGGCGGAGAGAGGAAGCAAGCCGAAUUUUGUUGGUCAAUACAGGGUUACUGAUAGCCAAUCUCUAGCAGCUGCAAUGGAAGCGGCUGGAGGUAUCCGGGUGAUGAUUGAGGCAAAGCUUUCACCCGGACCUUCUAUCUGCAAUAUCCGUAGACAUGGAGACAGCAGACGUUGGCAUGAAGUUGGUGUAAGCGUUGUUAGUGGCAACUUUCUUGCUGCUAAGAGAAGGGGAGUUGUUGAUGGUGUUGAUUAUGGGGCAACGGGUGAAGUUAAGAAAGUAGACGUAGCUCGCAUGCGUGAGAGGCUUGAUGGUGGUUGUAUAGUUAUAUUGAGCAACCUUGGUUAUUCUAGUUCUGGCGAAGUUCUGAAUUGCAAUACAUAUGAGGUUGCAACAGCUUGUGCCUUGGCUAUUGGAGCUGACAAGCUUAUAUGCAUCAUUGAUGGUCCCAUUCUAGAUGAAGCUGGACGCCAUAUUAGUUUUCUAACUCUUCAAGAAGCAGACAUGUUAAUUCGUGAAAGGGCUAAGCAAUGUGAGAUUGCUGCAAAUUAUGUGAAAGUUGUUGGUAAGGAAGAUUUCACUCGGUAUAAUGAUUCAAAUGGGAGUAUUCAUCUGCAGAAUGGAAAGGCUUCUUUGGAAGCUCAUACUCCAUUCCAGAAUGGGGUGGGUUUUGGCCCUCAUCAUAUGCCAGUAUUCCAAAACGGAGUUGGUUUUGGUCAUGGAACCGGGCUUUGGUCUUCGGAACAGGGGUUUCCCAUUGGAGGUGAGCGGAAUAGCCAUAUGAAUGGUUACCUCUCAGAAUUGGCUGCUGCAGCUUUUGUUUGCCGGGGUGGUGUUCAAAGAGUGCAUUUGCUAGAUGGCACUAUUGGAGGAGUUUUAUUGCUUGAAUUGUUUAAGAGAGAUGGAAUGGGCACUAUGGUAGCCAGUGAUCUUUACGAGGGAACACGAAUGGCCAGAGUGUCUGAUCUUCGUGGAAUUAGACAAAUUAUACUACCUUUAGAAAUGGCUGGUACCUUAGUUCGUAGAAGUGAUGAAGAGCUACUUGAAUCAUUGGACUCGUUUGUUGUUGUUGAGAGAGAAGGUCAAAUCAUUGCAUGUGCAGCUCUCUUCCCCUUCUUUGAAGAGAGAUGUGGAGAGAUUGCUGCCAUUGCAGUUUCUGCCGAGUGCCGAGGACAAGGACAAGGCGACAAAUUGCUUGAUUACAUGGAAAAGAAGGCUGCCUCACUUGGACUGGAUAGGCUCUUUCUGUUGACAACCCGAACGGCGGACUGGUUUGUGAGGCGUGGUUUCUCAGAAUGUUCAUUUGAAUCAAUACCUGAAAAGAGGAGAAGUAAGAUAAAUCUAUCCAGAAAUUCAAAGUACUACAUGAAGAAGCUGUUGCCAGAUAGGAACAGGAUUGGUAGCGUCGAUAGAGCUUUUGCUUGAGGAUUGACGGAGCAUUGAAGAAGCAGCAUUUCAUUCUAUAUGGUUGGUCAGGGAGGAAAAAAAUAUGCCCUGACCAUAUAAGAAAGCAAAAUUUCCUCUUGGUUCUCACUGUUCUUGUUUUAUUCUGUAUCAAUGUCAGUCGUCACCAUGUCUUACCAUAUGGGUGAUCUAUGUAUUCGUUUACCAAGACAUGUAUAUAUGCUGCUGAAAAGAAGAUCAUAGGUCUCCUUAAAAAAUUUUGAUUGUCUACAUCAUAUUUAUGCUUUGGCAAAUGAAUUAUAUAUAUAAGUGCCUUUUUUAGUAAUAAAAUAAUGGGUGAAAGAGUCAAGAAGGGUUCCCAUA